UCUUUGUUCAAUCAUUGAAACAUGGCUGCCAGACGGUUCAGAUUUGCCGCAAUAAAAUCGAUCUUUUAACCUGUUUAUUUGCUUCUAAUUAAAAAUGUGAAAUCGUUUAUGCUCUUCCCUCUAAUUUGACAAAGUUGAUGGCUUUUGAGCUGCGUGGAUGUGUUUGUUAUGGUCCUUGAAAUAUGGCGAUUUUUCUUUACAAGUGCUCAAUUGCUUUGUAUCGUUCUUCACCUAACUUGUAUCCUGUGUGCAAUCGCAACACAAAAUGAGUCGAAUUUUGUGCCAGAUAAUAUGGCUUCCUCUUGGGCAAUACGAAUUCCGUUUAAAGAUGGAAUAAACGAUGAAAGUCUUCGCAAUAUGGCUAUGAAAAUAGCUCAGGAAACUGGCCUAUCUUUUCAUGGACAGAUCGGAGGAUUACGUGGACAUUUUCUACUUGUACACGAUACGUUUUAUGGCAGAGACAGUUCGCAUAUUGGCUCUGAUGUUUUGCACAAAAUAACAGAGCAACUACAGAAGCAUCCUGAAGUAGAAUGGUCGAUUAGGGAGAAGAUUAUACGUAGAUACAAGAGAAGUUUGAGGUUUAAAGAUCAAUAUUUUCCAAGCCAGUGGCAUUUGAAUAAUUUGCAAUAUCUUGGGCAUGACAUUAAUGUAACAACUGUUUGGGAAAGAAACAUAACUGGUCAUGGUGUGGUUGUUGCAAUAGUGGAUGAUGGUGUUGAAUGGACAAAUCCAGAUAUCUUUGAGAAUUAUUCGUCCGAAGGGAGCUGGGACCUCAAUUCUAAUGACCCAGAUCCAACCCCGCGGGCCGAUGAUGUGGGACUGAACCACCAUGGUACAAGAUGUGCGGGUGAAAUAGCUGCAGUGGCUAACACGUUCUGUGCCGUAGGAGUGGCAUAUGGAGCCAAGGUGUCAGGUGUCCGGAUCCUUGACGGUCCGAUGACGGACAGCCUUGAGGCCAUGGCAUUUAACAUGAAAGACCAAAUCAAUGAUAUUUACAGCUGCAGUUGGGGUCCUGAUGACAAUGGCAAGACUGUAGAUGGACCACAUCAACUGGCACAGGCUGCUCUUGCUCAUGGUGUCCGAGAUGGCCGUGGUGGACUGGGGAGUAUUUACGUGGUGGCUUCUGGGAAUGGUGGGAAUUAUAAGGAUAACUGUAACUUUGAUGGAUAUGCAAAUUCUAUCUUCACUGUAACAAUAGGGGCUGUUGAUGAGUCGGGUAAAAUGCCUUACUACGCUGAAAACUGUGCCUCCAUGCUGGCUGUCACUUACAGCAGUGGACAAACGCCGUUGAGAAAUAUUGUUACCACUGACUGGAGAAUGGGCUCGGGAACUGGAUGUACAAAUAGGCAUACUGGAACUUCCGCUGCGGCCCCGUUGGCAGCCGGGAUGCUUGCUUUGGCACUCCAAACAAGAUGGUGUUUAUCUUGGCGAGAUAUUCAACAUUUGAUAGUUUAUUCAUCUGUCCAGCAUGAUGUUGAUCCUCUGGACUACACUACAAACGGUGCUGGUUUUCACCACAGUCAUAAAUAUGGGUUUGGCUUAAUGGACUCGUGGCGUCUGGUGAACCUAGCAAAAGUUUGGACGUCAGUUCCCUGGAUGGUGUCAUGGUCUACACCCGUUGUUCAGGUGAACAAAUAUAUACCAAGAAGCAGUAGCCAGUUGAUUGAAACUUACUAUGUUCAACAGAGGGACUUGGUCGAAUUUUCAAGUUUGGAACAUGUUACUUUAACAGUAAAUAUUGAUCACAAGUACCGUGGUAGUGUUUUAAUUUCUGUCAUAUCACCGGCUGGAACAGAAUCAAAACUCGCUACAGAAAGACAACAGGACAGUUCCGCGGAAGGAUUUAUCGAUUGGACUUUUUCGACCGUGAGAUGUUGGGGUGAACAGCCCUAUGGUGCGUGGCAAGUGGUCAUCAUUAACUCAGGUUUGGACGACAACUCACAAGGCUAUGUGAGAAAUUGGAGAUUGACAUUGUAUGGUUCGUCUAUGACUCCUGUGGAGAUCAAGCAGAGAAAAUCUUUGGCCCGAGAUGCGUUUUCUGGUCGAUACCUUGCAAGCAACGAGACGGCGUCCUGCAUGAAAAUCUCCACCUUGAAGGAUUACAGUAUUUUCAGCGAUCGUUUGCUUACGAUAUUAUUACUGGUCAGCGGCUUCUGCGUGCUUCUAGCGGUAUACUACAUGUUAGAUGUGAUUUGCGGCAAAGAAGAAGAGCGGGAAAAUGUCAGAGCGGAGAUUAGAUCACCAUCUUCCUCCCCUCACGAUGUCUUGACGAUGUCACCAUGUUUUGAUCACAGCGGUGACAAUAGUCCAAAUUCCUCACUGGAACUUUCCACUCGGCUGAAGGCUGAAGACACUGCAAGAUUGAGCCAUUUGUUGGAACGUGGUGAAUCAUUCCGGGAACAGUCAUCACGAAGACCUACACCGAUUUUGAUUGACGAGUUGUCACAAAACAGCGCUAAUAACUCUUCAUCUCCUAACGAAGUUCAAGCCGAGGGUGCCCGCGAUUUUGAGAAACGCCUUCAGUACGCAAUGAAGCAAAGCUUGAUACUUCAAGGAAAGCAACUGAAAGAUAUUGAGAUUCUACAAGAGCAACUAGGACACGAAGCGUCUGGUGUGUCGAAUAGGAUUGUUAUGCCGAAUAAAAAGAACGUCUUUGAAAAAAUCCGUAAACCAUUGAAAGGGAUUCUGAAGAAAUCUGUAGCGAGGCAAGCAAAAUUACCUUGACUUGGAAUUUAUGUGCAAACGAUUGCAGGCGGAGUAUUUCUACGAUGCUUGAAACAAAGAGUUUUUUGGGCACAUUCAAUACAAUUAGCAUCAAAAGGUGCAAGUUUUAACAGUAAUCGCGUGAAAACACUGAGCGCUUGAAUUGGGGCUUUUCAAAGUGUAUUUAUAACCGUGUUUGGUUGGUGCAGGAGUUGUCGCCAUAUUUUGUUCCGUGUUAACAAGGGAUGAAAUAUUAAUAUCUGCAUGUCUUGAUAAUUUAAUGCAAUAUGUAAACAAAUACAAACGAUGAAGUCUUUCUUACAAUCUUUGAUAUAUUAACCAUAAGUGUUGAAACUAUAUUUGUAUGUCCUUUUCAAUGAAAUACCCUGAUUCAGGACUAAACUCAUAUCAUUUAAAAUAAGGUUUAGGUUCGGGCGCUUCAACGUGAUUGUUCAUCAUGAAAUAUGAUCGUCUCGUAUUGAAACUGACGCUUAUUAAAAAUUGCAACUCUCAAGCACUCUUACUGUCUCCCAAUUUAACAUGAAGCUAGCGAAUACCUUAACUAUAGCUUGUUAGGCCAGGGUUGUUAAUUUAUUCGGCAGUUAGACGUAUCAAUUUCGGUGCUUAUUCCCUAAAUUCCUGAGAUAUCAACUAAGAUCUUACAUUGCAACAACAAUGUACAUUACUAAGAAAAUAGCGAGAGCUUUUUGUAUUAUAAGAGUUUUUUCAUACAACUAAACUGAUGUAAGUCAUGAUUAUAUGAAACAUUUAAUGAACCAA